UUGGGGCCUAAAGCCACUAGGGUUGAGCCGUUCUUCUGGUGAAGAACCCUUGUGGCUAGUAGAAACUUUGGAAGAACAAAUCUCAUCAAAGAAAAACUCUGGAAGAACAAAAGGAGUGCCGUUCAAGUUAAUUGUUGGAAUAAUACUUUCUUCUUGAUGUUUUUCUGAACCGAAACCCAAAUUUCUGCUUUCCAAUUGAAGUAGUAUCUGGUGAGAAGAUGAGUGCUCGGAAGAAGACCCCUUUCCAGAAGCAUAGAGAAGAGGAAGAGGCAAAGAAAAAGAGGGCAGAGGAUGAAACAGCUCGUCUGUAUCAAGAGUUUGUGGAAUCGUUCCAAGCGGACAAUACACCAGGUUCCAAGGCAUUUGUUAGAGGGGGAACCAUCAAUCCAAAUGAUAAAUUGAAGAUGGAUUCUCAAGGUGGAAAUUCUAAAGAUGAGGGGUCAGGUUUAAAGAAGGGAAGUAGGUAUGUGCCUUCUUUCUUACCACCUCCUAUGGCAACUAAGGGAAGAGAUCAUGAAAAGAAGCAGAAGGAGGACAAGCCGAGAGAAAAAGAGAAGGGCAAGGCUAGGAACAUUGAUAAUUUCAUGGAGGAACUGAAACAUGAGCAAGAAAUGAGGGAAAGGCGUAACCAAGACCGUGAACAGUGGCGUGAUCGUCAUACUGAAAAUUCUGCUCCAUCUAGUCGGUUUGAUGAACUGCCCGAUGACUUUGAUCCUAGUGGAAGGCCUGGAUCAUUUGAUGAUGGAGACCCACAAACGACAAAUCUCUACGUAGGAAAUCUAUCACCUCAGGUUGAUGAGAAUUUUCUUUUGCGCACAUUUGGGAGAUUUGGCCCCAUUGCAAGUGUAAAAAUAAUGUGGCCAAGGACUGAAGAGGAAAGAAGGCGACAGAGGAAUUGUGGUUUUGUAGCUUUCAUGAAUAGAGCUGAUGCUCAGGCUGCAAAGGAUGAGAUGGAAGGAGUUAUUGUUUAUGAAUAUGAGUUGAAGAUUGGGUGGGGUAAAUCUGUCUCUCUGCCUUCUCAAGCACUCCCUGCUCCUCCUCCAGGACAUAUGGCUAUCAGGAGUAAGGAGGGUGCAACUGUUAUCUUAUCGGGUCCAUCAGGUCCUCCAGUUACUACUGUUUCAGGCCAGAAUUCUGAGUUGGUUCUCACUCCAAAUGUACCUGAUAUUAUGGUUAUUCCACCAGAGGAUGAUCAUCUUCGCCAUGUUAUUGAUACAAUGGCUCUGUGUGUUCUCGACGGAGGUUGUGCUUUUGAACAAGCCAUAAUGGAGCGAGGCCGUGGAAAUCCUCUCUUCAGUUUCUUGUUUGAGCUUGGCUCGAAGGAGCAUACUUACUACGUUUGGAGGCUCUAUUCUUUUGCUCAGGGAGAUACUCUUCAACGAUGGAGGACAGUCCCUUUCAUCAUGAUAACUGGUAGUGGGAGGUGGAUACCACCCUCUCUACCAACACCGAAAGGAGCUGAUCAUGAAAAAGAAGCUGGGAGCACAUAUGCUGCUGGAAGAAGCAGGCGAGUGGAGGUUGAACGGACAUUGACUGAUGCUCAGAGGGAUGAAUUUGAGGAUAUGCUCCGUUCAUUGACACUAGAAAGAAGUCAAAUAAAAGCAGCAAUGGGUUUUUCUUUGGACAACGCUGAUGCUGCUGGAGAGGUUGUUGAAGUUUUGACAGAGUCGUUGACACUUAAGGAAACUCCAAUACCAACAAAAGUUUCUAGGCUCAUGCUUGUCUCUGAUAUUCUUCAUAAUAGUAGUGCUCCUGUGAAGAAUGCAUCUGCUUAUCGCACCAAAUUCGAAGCCUCUUUACCAGACAUAAUGGAAAGCUUCAAUGAUCUAUAUCGAAGUAUAACAGGGCGAAUUACUGCCGAGGCACUUAAAGUACUGUGCCUGUCACCUACAUUUGAUCUGCACUCGCUACAUCUUUUGUAUCCUUUUUUUAAUGUGUGGUUAAUUUUUCCUUACACGUUACAGGAGAGAGUUCUGAAAGUGCUUCAAGUAUGGGCUGAUUGGUUUUUGUUUUCGGAUGCCUAUGUCAAUGGUUUACGAGCUACCUUUCUCCGAACCGGGAACUCUGGUGUGACCCCCUUCCAUUCUCUGUGUGGUGAUGCACCUGACGUGGAACAAAGGACCAGCUCUGAUGAUGCAGGUGAUGGCGGCAAAAUUAACCCAGAUGGUGCUUUGGCAAUUGGCAAAGGAGCUGCGAUGAAGGAACUGUUGAGCCUUCCACUUACUGAGCUAGAAAGACGAUGCAGGCACAAUGGUUUAUCUAUCGUAGGCGGUAGGGAAAUGAUGGUUGCUCGGUUACUUUAUCUGGAAGAAGCUGAAAAGCAGAGGGGUCAUGAACUGGAUGAAGAUUUGAAAUUUGCAAGCCAUUCAAGUUCUGCUAGGUUCCCCAGUACUCGGAAAGAUAGCAACCUUGAGUUGGACAGGAUGGCUCCUUCUGAACGGAACAGUCAAGUGGAUUAUGACGUACAACUCAAACAAAGAGAGUCUGUAUCUUCACACCAAACAAAUUCUGCUCCACACUAUAAUUCAAUUGACUUUUCCAGUGAGGGCAAAAGUGAGACAAUUUUGCCUACAUCUAAAUGGGCCAGAGAGGAUGAUGAAAGUGAUGAUGAACAAAAGAGAAGUUCUAGGGACCUGGGGUUGACAUAUUCAUCUUCUGGAAGUGAGAAUGCUGGUGAUGGGCUUAGCAAGAUCAAGGAUGCAGAGCUUACAACGGACACAAGCAAUUCAGCAUACCCGGAAAGUGGAAUGAACGAAGAGUUGAGGCAAAAGCUGAGGCGUCUUGAGGUUGCAUUGAUUGAAUAUCGUGAAUCUCUUGAAGAACAAGGAAUAAAAAGUCCGGAUGAAAUUGAGAGGAAAGUUGAAAUCCAUCGGCAAUGCCUACAAUCUGAAUAUGGUUUAUUGAAUUUCAGCGAAGAUACAUCAAAAAAAGGAGGCAGGUCAUCUUCGGAGAGGAGAGAGAAAAGAGACGAUGCUCGUGAAGCUUCUAGGAAGCGGCAGCGCAGUCGGAGCAGAAGUGGAAGCCCUCAGUGGAAAUCUUCCAGCAGAGACCGUGAUAGUGAUAGGGAAAAGCGUCGUGAUAGGGAAAGGAAGAGUGGAAGUAGGGAGAGAGAUGAUCAUGAUAGAGACAAAUCUAGGGAGAGGAGACGGGCCAGAUGAAUACAUAUGCACUGUGCAAAAUGACCAUAAAUACAGAGUAGUUGCACUAUCAUUCCUCGGUAGAGAUGCAUUUGAGCAUUUUAUCUUUGCUGGGUGGCAAGGUUGCACGAUGAUCCUCAAUGGCCCCUGGAAGUAAGGUCCUCUUAUUUUGGUACUCGCUAUGCUCUGCGCCACACAAAGAAAACAAUGUUUCCGUAUUCAGCUCUAUGGUCUAGCAAAUUGUACAAUUGCAGAGAAUCUCAUGAAUGGCUGUAACUCCAUCUUACUUUAUGCUUCAGAUUUUUCCUGCAUUUGCUAAUGCGUUUACUGGA